AUGCAACGUCGCCGAAGCAUCGAUUCGUCCAGUUCCUCCGAUAGCGAUAGUUCCAACUCUUCAUCCUACAAGCACGGAAAGGUCAAGAAGGAGAAGAAAGACAAGAAAGACAAGAAAGACAAGAGCCAUAAGGAAAAGAAAGACAAAUCUGAUAAAAAAGAUAAAGAUAAGAAGAAGGAUAAAGUUAAAGAUUCGGACAAGCCCAAGACGAAGGCGCCAGUAUUUCCGCAAGCACCAAACUCUGCUCCGGAACCGCACUCAAGCUCUCCCUCGUUCCCCUCAGCAGCCGCAGCCACCACAGCAGCAACAGCAGCCUCCGCCAUGUCCUUUGGAUUCGAUGAUCCCAGUGCUCAAUUCAGGAAUCAAGGGGGUCCAGGUCGACAUUCCAGUUCGAGCUACGGACAACCAGCGCCUCCGCCAUCCGGGUACAGGAUACCCCUAAGCGAAACAACGCCUUUCCCCAACGACCAACAGACCGGCUGGGCACCCUGCUAUGACGCCGACGGCGUCUCGCCAGUCUUCAUCGGCUCAGCGCUCUUCGAGAAUUCGGUGCACCCGUGCAAGAUCGGGCCUCAUCUCGACCCGCCGGCGAGGGUGCCCUAUGGCGGCACCGAGCACGAACAUCGUGGGCGGUACGACCUCCUCCCGUUCGUGGCACAGCAGAUGGAGUGGGUCCCUACUUCGCAUGGCCAGAUCCCGCCCGGAAGGCGACCGAUCGAGGGCGGGUACGAGGAUAAUGGACAUAAACUGUACCACGCCCUCGCCAACAUUUCUGGAGUCAGGGUUCCCGGUAAGACUGGAGAGCAUUUGCGAGGCGCCAAUGUAGCCUUCGGUGGGAAGGAAGUCGCUGUUCAUGAGAACUAUGAGAUCUUGUGCUGGAAGUAUUAACAAGGAGCAUUGGAGGAGCAAAUCUAGCCUAACCGGACUAGCACUCAUAUACUUCGUGGAAUUGGAAACUUCGAAGCACCGACACAUUUGAAAUGGAAGCGAAAUCGUACCCUAUCGUUGUAAAACCUUGCCGGUUCAAUCGAAUUCGGUGAAAUGCA